AUGGCAAUUAAAACGCCUGUCAGCUUUAUUAUCUUUGGUAAUGGCUGGGUUUCAGGCCAGGUUCAAGAUGCGCUCCAAAAGGCAGGUCAUCAGCUAGUGGUUUCCCAAGAGCGCAUUGAAAACAGAGAAGCAAUAUUACGCGAACUCGACCGGGUAAAACCGACUCACGUUAUUAAUACCGCUGGAGCAAGGGGUGAUCCUAAUGUUGAUUGGUGCGAGUCGCAUAAAGAGGAGACAAUCCGAUCCAACAUAAUCGGAGCCACAACUCUAGCUGAUUGCUGCUUUAUUAAGGGGAUGCAUCUUACACAUUUUGGGUCAGGUUGCAUCUACGACUAUGAUGGUGAGCAUUCUUGGGGCGGUCUAAGGUAUACCGAACAGGACGAGCCGAACUUCAUGAAAAGCUUCUAUUCCUACACCAAAGUGGUAUCUGAAAAGAUCUUGAAGCAGUAUGCCAAUGUAUUGAUCCUCCGCAUCCGUAACCCCAUCGGGUCAGAUCUACAUCCGAAGAAUAUGAUUGUGAAGCUUGCUUCAUACAAAAAGUUGAUAAAUGUUCCAAAUUCAGGGAGUGUUCUUCCCAGCCUUAUCCCGGCCGCUAUAUUGCUGGCGGUAAACAAUGAGGUUGGAGUGUACAAUUUUACCAAUCCGGGCGCGUUCACACAUAACGAACUCAUGGGUUUACUAAGAAAACACCUAUGGCCAUCCCUUCAUUGGGAGAAUUUCACGGAAGAGGAGCAGGCGAAGAUUCUGAAGGCGCCUCGUUGCAACCUCGAGCUAGACGUAACCAAGCUACUGGAAAAGUUGCGUCAGUUUGGCUGCAGUGUACCUCCUGUCCACGAGGCCAUGGAGGAAGCCUUCAUCAAGAUUAAGAAUACACAGAACGUGAAGUAG